AUGGGAGCAGAAUCUCAGGUGGAUGAACGACAAGAGACGGCCAGGAAGUAUGUUCCCAUAAUCGAACGGGUGUAUGCUGGUGUUAACCAAGACAUUUCGGAGUCGAGUCUGCUAGGUGAGCUGCUCAAGCUAAUAGCACAAUUGCCCAAGGAUUUCCACUUAUUUUGUGAUCCGUAUUUCGAACCUAUUUCGAUCUUUUGCCUGACGAUCUUUUCGUUCAAUGAGCAGGAGACUAUGACAUGGUUGAAGAAUAGGUUCAAUCCUGCGUUGGCGAGCUGUGACAGAUGUAUACUGAACUUCACCCGCGGUAAGUGUAAGAUGUUGCAGCAUUUUGCGAUACAGAGACAUGUACCGCAUGAACAUGUCGCUAAAUUCAACGACAUUGUGUGCCUUUGGAGGAUUGAGGCUGUUCUGCCAGUACUACGCCAAAUCUCCAACGAUGAUAAUACUGCGGUGCGGGUCUCUCGGGAGAUUGAACUUGCAGUUUACGAGUGCAUUUGCAAUCCUCACAUGCUGAGACUGAACAAAGAGUUUAAAAUGACAUUUGAUGCUAUCUUUAAAUUCCUCUAUUUGUCGAAGGAAUCGUGCCUGGACCCUGAUUCCUCAGAGCUAAUGAAGACGUUUCUUGCGGGAAUGAUAUACUGUUGGUGUGAGGGAACCACAGAACAGAUCAAAUGGGCUCGUGCAAUCCUGAAGAAGCUGCUGAUUGAGAAAUUUUCGCUUAACGCUAAAACGAUCACCCCAGACAUUCUAGAGGAGGUCAACAUUCAUUUACUGUUUUUGCAAAAUCCGGCGAAUUGGAAUGAAAUGAUCGUUUCGCAGUUUUGGUCUCGGUUAAUACCAGUUUUCUCGUUCUUCGACAAGGACUCAUUCAUAGAGAAUUUUGAAGUGCCUAAGAAUAUUGAAUCAUUGAAAAAAACGUACAGGUUUCCCAUUGAGUCUAUUUUUAAACUGUGGUAUCAUCAUUUGGGAAAGAGCUAUCGAGAUAAGCCGCUCGAGUUCCUGUUGCGAGGUCUUGACAUGCUCCUUGAGAAAUUGGGACCACAGUUCUGGUCCAAGAUAGAUCCGUACACGUUUCAUAGCAUUUUGGACAUCGUAUUUGACCAAGAUUAUUUUGCAAGCAAAUUGAUCAGAAUUCAAGAUAAUGAGAUACCAGAGGAUGAUAUAGAGCUGGUUCUCUCGUUUUCAGGGUGUAUAACCGAUAUGGUGUCGUGGACAUUGGCGUUUUACCGCUCGCUGACCGAUUCGAAAAGGAUCCAGAUGGUUAAAAAGGUUUCAAUGGCAUUUCUGAGGGUAAUAACAAAUCAAUCUUCUCUUAAGUCAAUUCCCAAGGCAUGCUUGAUGAAUUCCUCCACAGCACUUCUCGCUGCCGUGCUGACCAUCAGUAACGAAGAGCGAGAGAAGCUCUAUGAGAAAGAUGACUUCGAAGUUAUAUUGUACUCGAAGACGGAUUCAAGAGCGUUACUCAACAAUUCUCUAAUCCAAGAUACGGUAAUUCGCUCAGCUACCAAUCCUACUGAACUGUACCCUGGAUUGGGUGACUCUACAACUUCCGUUUCGACAUCCGCAAUGAUGGUCCUUACAAAGUGCAUCAGUUUUGAUAUUUUAAUGUUGUGCCAGACGUCUUACAAACUUUACUCGGGAAAACAUAUCAAUAGCAUCCCAUUCAGUGAUAGCCUGCUCAAAAGCCUCACUGAAAAACUGGAUCUGCGUUCUUUUCAUGAUGGUCCUCUGUUGGCAAAACAGCUUUUGGUGUCAUUGAAGGAUAUCAAUGGACUGUUGGUGAUCUCUUCAAAAGAUCAUAGUACGCACAACGCCCACGUCAAGAGUUUUUUGCAGCUUUGCACAAUUUUGGUGGGAAAGUUUGCCGAUAUAUUACCCAAACAACUUUCUACCGUGUUAGCUGAUGAAGAGGCGGCUCAGGGCUUUUGGUCAUGUAUAUUCUCACCCAAUACCGAGCUUUACCAAGCCGCCACAAAUAUUCUUUACGACACAUUCGAUGUGGAAGGUAGAUUGGAGGGUAUUCAGGCCAUCUUAGCUGGUAAUUUGACUGCGCAUCUUCGUGCCAUAAAUCGUGUUUUGCAUCAACUGAUAAAAUGUGAAUUUUAUGAGCCAUGCCCAAGGGCAAUCCGUGUUCUUAUGGAUAUUGUCACUGCAUUUACAGACCCUAUUGGAGGUGUUUUUUCAAAUUUUACGGCGCUAAAAAGAGAUGAAACAGAUCAGCAGCUUUAUCUUUUCUGGGAAUUGGCCUGGUCAUUCCUAGAUACCAUCUAUCGUUGUACGUUGAUUUGGGCCACCAAAUACGAGUACUCGGAGCUUGAAAACUUCACGAAAGAUACUUUAGACCUCAGUAGAGCGUUGGUUGAUUCCUACAGGGAGUUCACGGAUAUUUUGCAGGGCUCAGGGAGAGAUUUCUUUGCAAGUAUUUCUAAGGCUGUCAGAAACAUGCUUUAUUGGCUAAGAUUGAGUGAUCAAAUCCUUUUAGAUUCAUGCGUGAAGCUUAUUGUCAGUACUUCCGAUUUGGCCGGUGAAAAGCACAUCAGCUUCAGCGAUGAUUUGGUGGAACAAAUGGCUAAAUACGGUUCAAAAGCUAAAAAAUACUCUAAUAAGCUAUCUGAACAACAAGCAGCCGAGAUACUAACCAAAUCCAGAAACUUCAACCAUGAGCUAACGGAUAAAGUGGUUGCUGAAGCUGAAGCCUACCACAAAGAGAAGGCUUUAAGUAAGCUGGGCACUGUCACACCCACAAGACUGUCACCAUCACCAUCUGCAGAGUCCAGGGCUGACUUUUUGCAAAGGAAGGCUGUCGCUUCUUCUAUUACUGGUCGGCCAAAAUCUACUCAGCCCAAGAUCACUUCCUUUGGCACUUUGCAAGCUGGAGCGAUGGCCAAACUGCAAAGCAGAACGCCUAAACCACUGUCUAAGAUGGAGCUUGCAAGGCGGCAGCUACUCAGUAACAGGGUGGUGCAUCCUCCAAGUAACACAGUCUUUCAUAGCAAGUCAAAGCCAAUUGCGACCAGGAAUGGAGACAGCAGUAGCGACGAGAGUGAAGAUGAUAUUGAAACAGCUAGAGAACUUUUUGCGACAGCGAAGGCAAAAGGAGCAGGAAUUCAGACUCUCGAUAUCAAUGGUAAAGUCGUCCAUAAAAGUACUAGCGCUGAGCGCGCCAAAAUAGAGGAAGAAAACAUGCGAAGGAGGCUCAAUGUUGAUCUUAAUCCCUUAUAUGAGACUGCUUUGCAAUGGGACUACACGAAGAGUGGCGAUUACCCAGAUGAUAACUCUGCGCACCUGUACAAGAAAGUCAAAGAUUCUUUUACCUCUGUGGCGGAAUACAGGGAAAUUAUAAGGCCUCUUCUUCUACUAGAAUGCUGGCAGAGUUUGUGCUCCACCAGGGAUAGAGAAGAUAAUAAACCGUUCAGUAUAAUUGUCGGCAAUAGGACCGCCGUAUCCGAUUUUUACGAUGUCUAUGCAUCCAUCACAAGAACUAUGAUACAGGAAGCGGGCAUCACAGACUCUGAUCUCAUCGUUUUAGCAUACUUCUCUGGUAAUGAGAACUUAUCGACAUUGAAGAACGAGGAUUUCAAGAAAGCUGCCCAUACAUGUUUGGCUAAAGUCCGGACGUUAAAAUACACGAAGGGCAAUAAUGUUGACAUUACGCUGAGAAUUCAUAGAAAUCAUAACUUUUCGAAGUUCUUAACCCUGAGAUCAGAGAUUUAUGCCGUAAAGGUGAUGCAAAUGACGACUGUUGAAAGAGAAUAUUCCUCGCUUGAGGCACUGGAAUACUACGAUCUAGUAGGCGAGAUUCUGCGUGCGGCACCAUCGCAAUCCGUCGACGUUGAUGAAAAGGAGAUCGAGACUGUCAAGUCCAACUAUAAGCUGAACUCCUCUCAGGCAGAGGCAAUUGUUAAAACUGUCUCCAAGGAAGGCUUUUCUCUGAUUCAAGGUCCACCCGGUACUGGUAAGACUAAAACAAUUUUGGGAAUUAUUGGCUACUUCUUGUCGACACGCAAUACUUUGCCCAUGAAUGUCAUCCAGGCACCUAAAGGUGCUGGACCCACAACGACAGAGCAACUAUUGAAGAAGCAGAAAAUACUUAUCUGCGCACCGAGUAAUGCGGCCGUCGAUGAAAUAGUUCUUCGUCUGAAAGGUGGCAUCUUAAACCGAGACGGAGGGAAAUUCCAGCCUAGUAUCGUCCGUGUGGGCCGCUCUGAUGCCGUAAAUGCAGCUAUAAGGGACCUCACCCUAGAAGAACUGGUUGACAAACAGGUUAAUCAGAAGAAUUACGAGUUCUCCACUAAUCCUGAGCUGGAGAAAAAGUUUAGUUCUGCGGUUUCUAAGAGAAGAGAGCUGAGAGCAAAGUUGGAUGCAGAAAAUGGGUCUGUAUCUAGCUCUCUGUCCACAGAAGAUAUCGCGAAAUUACAGAUGCAAAUCAGAGAGCUCAGUAAGGAACUGAACGAGCUGGGUAGAGAGCGUGAUGAAAUUAGGGAGCGAAACUCGGUUAACUACAGGAAUAGAGAGCUAGAUCGACGCAAUGCUCAAGCACGCAUUCUGGCAAGUAGUAAUGUCAUAUGUUCAACGCUAUCUGGUUCAGCGCAUGAUGUACUUUCUUCUCUGGGUGUGAAGUUUGAUACAGUAAUCGUCGAUGAAGCAUGUCAAUGUACUGAGCUUUCAUCGAUAAUACCGCUUCGUUAUGGAGGCAAGCGUUGCAUUAUGGUCGGUGAUCCAAAUCAGUUGCCACCGACCGUCCUAUCUGGAGCGGCCAGUAAUUUUGGCUAUAAUCAGUCGCUGUUUGUGCGAAUGGAGAAGCACAGCCUGCCUUACUUACUGGAUGUUCAGUAUCGUAUGCAUCCGUCCAUCAGUAAAUUCCCGUCGUCGGAGUUUUAUAAUGGUCGCUUAAAGGACGGCCCUGAUGUUGAGGAGAUGAACAUUCGUCCAUGGCAUAAAGAAGUUUCCAUGGCGCCCUACAAAUUCUUCGAUAUAGUGACCGGUCGAGAAUCUCAAAAUUCCAAGAGUAUGUCUUACGUCAAUAUGGAAGAGAUACGUGUGGCAAUAGAAUUGAUCGAAGGCCUUUUGAAUAAAUAUGAAAGAGAGGUCGACUUUUCGGGGAAAAUUGGUAUAAUUUCACCUUACAAGGAACAGGUUUUGACGAUGAAAAGGCAAUUCCGGUCUUAUUUCGGCGCGUCUAUCGCACAAUAUGUCGAUUUCAAUACCAUUGAUGGUUUCCAAGGUCAAGAGAAGGAGAUUAUCGUAAUAUCAUGCGUUCGUGCUGACGAUUCUAAAUCUAGCGUGGGUUUCUUGAAAGAUUUCCGUCGUAUGAAUGUUGCCUUGACUAGAGCUAAAACUAGUAUGUGGAUUUUGGGUCAUCAAAGCUCCCUGACCAAAAAUAAACUUUGGAGGCAUCUCAUCAGUAAUGCGAAGGAAAGAGGUUGCCUGGAGCCUGCAUGUCCCGGGUUUCUCAAGAAGACAGCUACCGAGACUCAGCGCAUUCUGAAGAGAUACGAAGCACAGCAAGCUGCGCUGCCAAAGGAAGACGAUUAUGAUCCACAUAGCAGGGAGUAUAUUAAGAAGCCUCAACGGCAAAAACGGAGGCAUGACCAAGCUUACGAUGGCGGCAAUGCAAGUGGUCAGUUCAAGGUAUCGAAGAAGAUUCCUGAGCUAUCUGUAACAGGUACUAAGAAGAAGAAGUCGUCGAUUUUUGGAGGACCAACUAUACCUGACGUCGAUUCCGGUCAUGGGCCAUACAUAAAAGAAAAGUGCGGUUCAAAAGCCGCUAAAACGGAGAGCGAUGCACCAGAUAAUCAUCAUAUCUUGCUUUCCGAUACUACUAAGUUGAAUCGUUAUGACGAAUCGACAGCUGCGCCAGAUGGUGGAGACAAAUUGCCGACGGCACUUGUCGAAAUCAGUGAUCCAACUGGCAGCGAUGAUGAGAACAACUAUGUUCCUAGGCCUGUAAUAACUGAGCAAAAAACAUCCGAUGUACAUCGAAAUGCAAGAAUUGCGGACGAUGAUUACGAACCCUCUGCGGUGUCUCAACAUAAGCAUUCAAAAGCAUCAGAUACUGAUGAUGGCGGUUCGUCAGCUGCACCCAUCAGAAAGCCAACUAACUAUCAGAGCAAAAUGGAGCGGUCUUCCGGGCAUGAAGGCCAUAAAGCAUAUGGAAGAAGGCAAAGAUCUUCCAAUUUGUUCAUACCCAAGAAGAAACCGCAGCAUCGAUGA